AUGGAUGAAUAUCGAGAAUCUCAAAAGAAAAGAAUUCAAAAGGCAUUAGAUAUGGGUGAACUGGAAUCUGGUAGGGGCUUGCAUCAAGAAUUUGGUCUUACUAGAGCUUGUGAUACUUGUUGUGGAUCCCACUACAAAUCUUUUAGUAACUUUAUUCUUAUGUUUGGUUCAAUUGUUGAUGUAAUUGAUGAUAUUGUUGUUGAUUCACAUUGUCCUAAUGAAAGUGCCAAGGCAAUGGGAUUUCUCAGAGCAUUGUUUUGCAAAGUUAUUGAUUGGCAAAUUCAAGAGCUUUCUUAUCGUUUUGAUGAAGUAACGACUGAUUUGCUUCAUGGAAUUGCUUGUUUAAAUCCAAUUGACUCAUUUUCUAGUUUUGAUCUCAGGAAAAUAAUGAGAAUGGCUGAACGUUAUCCUGAUGACUUUGAUGAAUUUAGUAUGGGGGCUCUUAAGAAUCAACUUGCGAGUUACAUUAUUGAUGUUCGUGAUCUUGAUGAAAGGUUCUCCGAUCUAAAAAGACUUUGUGAUCUUUCAAAAAGAUUAGUUCAGACAAAGAAGCAUUCAAAUUAUCCUCUUGUAUUCCGCUUAGUGAAACUUGCCUUGCUUUUGCCAGUUGCCACUGCAUCCGUUGAAAGAGCUUUUUCGGCAAUGAAGUUUAUCAAGAAUGACUUGCAGAGUCGAAUGAAUGAGGGUUAUUUUGGUGGUUGCUUGGUAUCUUAUGUAGAAAAAGAUGUGUUUAAUAGGAUUUCUAAUGAUGCUAUUAUAAAAACAUUUCAAGAAAUGAAACCUCGUCGUGUACAGUUGUAG